UUUGGAUUCGAGAUGAAAAUCAGUAUCGGCGGUGCGAACUCGAUGGUUAGAUGGUUAAUUUGCACUCUGGAAAAAUUUUCUUUCAUUUUUUAACGCGUGCAGAGAGUGCGGUCUAAAUAUGAUAUAGUUGGUUUCGGUUUUUUUCAUUUUCGCGUGUAUCGAUAAAAGACGAUCGUUGCAUGUGGCUUUUUAGUAUAUUCGGUGUGCAUUCUACGCGUAAAAACUAUUAUUGGACGUGGCGUGUUAGAAAAAAAGUGAACUCUAAGGCGAGUGUUUGUUUUAUACGCACUUGCUUUAAACAUUAGUGCAUAAAUUGCCAGUAACUCAAGAUGACAAGGAAAUAUUACAUACCCAACAUGGUUCAAGCAAUUACCGUUCUUACUGUUCUUAAAAUGUUAACAAAUGCUCAAACUACAUGUAAUCAAGGUAUAGGUCGUGUAGUAUACGAGCGACUGCCGGAUCAGCAGUUACAAGGAUACGACGAUGACGUGGUACGUGAUACCGCGCCACCAUUUAGAGUAUUAGAAAAAUGUCAAGAAUUAUGUUUAAGAGAUCGCACAGCGCAAAAUAAUUUAGUAAGGACAUGUACGUCCUUUGACUUUCAACCUGGUAGCAGGAUAGCAUCAUUUAGUGGCGUAGUAGAAUACGAAGAAUCUAGUUGUUAUCUAACCAGGGAGCAACCAGCCCCCGAAGGCAUCGGGACUUUGGUUUUUGUACCAAAUAGCGUGCAUUACACAGAAGUGUGUUUAUCAUCUAGUCGUAUCGAAAGAGAAUGCCCCAAUAGGCAUUAUGUCUUCGAAAGGCAUGCCAGGAAAAAGCUGAAGCUUGCACUUGCAGAUGCCAAAGAAGUAAUCGCAGUUAAUCGAACAGAUUGCGAAGAUAGAUGCUUGAACGAAUUCACAUUCGUAUGUCGAUCGGCUACUUAUGACACACAAGCUCGUACCUGCACAUUGAGUCGUUUCACUCGUAGAUCUCAUCCGGAAUUACUCGAAGACGAUUUGACUUCGGAUUACUUGGAGAAUACCUGUUUAAACGCCGAAAGACGAUGCGAUGGUCCAUUGAUUUUCGUCAAAGAAGAAAAUAAACGUCUCGGAGGUCCUUUUGAAGUCGACAUUUAUACAAAUAUAUCUCUAGUUGAAUGCCAAGCUCAGUGUUUGAAAGCUGAGAAGUAUUUUUGUCGAGCUGUCGAAUACGACGAGCCGAUCAGAAGGUGUAUUAUAUUCGAAGAAGAUUCGAUGUCUCAAAAGGAUGAUUUGAGGGUUAGCAGUAGUCCAACUCACGAUCUAUAUGAUCUCGUUUGUCUUGACGUGAAAAGUAACGAAUUUCCCGAUAAUUCGGCCACUUCUCAUUUAUUCGCCGAAGGUCGAAGACCAGAUACGGCCUUCGAAAGGCACAGAAACGCUCGUCUAUCGAGCGAAUUUCAUUCAGAGAUCACCGGAAGGUCAUUGAGCGAAUGCCUGGACGAAUGUCUGAGACAAGUCAGCUUCCAGUGUAGAUCAGCCGUGUACAGCGAACGAAGCAGAAUCUGUCGUCUGAGCAGAUUCAAUCGAAGAGAUGGUCAUCGAACCAUCUACGAUCCUGAUUACGAUUACUAUGAAAAUCUAAUGCAUUCUGCUACUUUAGAUGGCGGAGGUACGACCGGAAGUUAUCCACGGCCAGAUCCACAAGGCCAAGAUUCUCAAUACUAUGGUCACGGAAGACCACCGUACGCGCCCUUAUCAAAACCAAGCGGAUUCGGCGGUGUUUACAGUGGCGGCGGGUAUCCUAGUUAUGUCGGCAGUGGGGGUCAAAUUCCAGCACAACCGUACGCUCCACCGGGAGACGUCGCAGGACCCGGGUACUGGAGUCAUUUUGGCACCCAUUCUACAGAUGUCUCACCUUAUGGAGUUUCUCCUGGCAGCAGUAGCGCGUACCCGAUUGGAAGUAUUACUCCUGCUCCGAGUGUGGGAGUUGGAUAUCCUCCAGGUGGAGCACCUCCGGCUUAUGGCGGAUCUGUGCCUCCCAUAGGGGGAUCUUCUUUAGGUGUAUCGCCGGGUUACCCGUCAUAUCCGCCUUCUUUGGGAGGUGCUCCUGGUGGCGGUGGAUAUUUUGGCGGCGGCGGCGGCGGCGGUGGAGGACUCGAACCUCAUAGACCGUUUAAUGUUAGGUGCGAUGAAGGCGAUGGAUUCAAACAGAUUGGAGUCCACAUGAGAAUGAGGAGACAAUUCGUUCGAAGAUCAUCAUCUGUCGCUAGUUUGACAGCUUGCGAAAAAGAAUGCGCCGAAUCACGUGAUUUCUUGUGCCGAUCGUUCAAUUACAGAGCUGCUCCUUAUGGACCACAAAGAGAAAAUUGCGAGCUAAGCGAUCGUGAUACCCGAGACUUGGAUAUGAAUAAUCCCAACUACUUUGAUCCUGCUGGAGAGUACGACUUUUAUGAAAGAUCAGCUCAAGGUCGAAAUGGACAAGACUGCUUAGAUGUGAGUCAAACGUGCAACGAAGAUGGAAUGGAAUUCACUCUGAGAACUCCGGAAGGUUUUCUGGGUCGAAUUUACGCUCAUGGAUAUUACGACAGAUGCUUCUACCGAGGUAAUGGAGGUACACUUAACGUACUAAGAAUCAGCGGUGCUCAAGGAUAUCCCGAUUGCGGUACAAUCAGAUUCGGUGAUAUGAUGACCAAUAUUGUAGUCGUCCAGUUCAGCGAUUACGUGCAAACGAGUCGCGACAAACGAUACAAUCUGACUUGCUUAUUCCGAGGCCCAGGGGAAGCAGUGGUAACCUCAAGUUACAUGACAGCAAACUCCGGAAGUCCAGUUCCUAUCGAAUAUCUUCCAGCUGAGAACUCUCUCAGUUCGAGAGUCAGAUUGAUGAUUCUGUACCAAGGACGUCCAACGAACACCAUAGCCGUUGGUGAUCCACUGACUUUCCGUUUAGAAGCCCAAGAUGGUUAUAAUUACGUCAAUGAUAUAUUUGCAAGCAAUGUAGUGGCUAGAGAUCCGUAUUCUGGCAGAGCUGUGCAGCUUAUCGAUCGAUAUGGAUGUCCAGUCGACAAUGCUAUUUUCCCAGCACUGGAUCGAUCCAGAGAAGGUGAUGGUUUGGAGGCUCGUUUCAAUGCGUUCAAGCUGCCGGAAUCCAAUUUCUUGAUUUUUGAAGCCACUGUGAAAACUUGUCGCGAAGGAUGCAAUCCAGCUUAUUGUACUGGACCUGCUGGCAGAACAGAACAGUCUCUUGGAAGAAGAAAGAGGGAAGCAGAUGGAAACGAAGACGCUGGAUAUUUUAUUGGUCCCGAAUCAACUAAUAGUACUGAUGAAGAAGAACACAUCAGGGAAAUGAUCGAAGUUCACGAGGAUCCAUUUGAAAUACCUGAACGAAAAGAAGAAAGCAUGCAACAUUUAGUUAAACAGCAGGAAGUGCCAACUGUUUGUCUGACGAAUCGCGAAUAUUAUGGCAUGAUCUUCAUCUUAUUCAUCUUCAUGGGUCUUAUGAUCACUGUUACCAUUACAGCUGGAAUAUACUACAAGAGAUACUGGAUUAUAAUGAGUAAAAACGAAAUGGCCAACAGAUCAUCGGGCGUCAUAAGCAGUCCUCACAGUAUCCGGAUGUCAUCAACAUCGCCUCACACACGAUUCACACCUUCAGCACAAAGUUUGUUUUCAUUUCUCACACUGAACUCACAAAGAACACUUAAUAAUUCGAGGAGUAGCGAAUGUAUAGUAGAGAAUAAACCCGAAGAAUUACAAAUACCAGGAGUUACUGAUGUCAAUGGAUGUGGAGGAAGAAGUUUCAGAGAUAUUAGUGAACCGAUUUACACUGAUCCAUCCUUAUUUGAAAGAUCAAUAGAUAAAAUAUCAUGAAUACAAAACAUAAACUAGAAUCGAUAAUCGAUACGAUUCACUUUCAGAUGCCUUUGAUACUCAUGUUUUGUAAUUUAAAUUAUUCGUUGAAAUUAUUAUUUAAUUAUCUUACUAUAGGUACCUACGUAAUAAGUAACGUCAAAUGAGUAUUCAUGAAUCAUGAUGAUAUUGCAAAAAUUUUUCAAUCAGCUACUUAAGUAGGUAGGUACCUACCUACAUCGCAUGAUGAGAUUUUCAAAUUUAAUUUCAACACUAACUAUAGGUACCUAAUUGUAGAAGAUUUAGCUAAAAUAAUCAGCAUUAAGUAAUGUGUACAUAAUUUAGAUUUUUCACAAUUGAUUUUGUACCUGACCUAGUUCAAACUCGACAAUUUUUUCGAUGAAUUGAGACUAAAAAGUUUCCCAUUAAUUUUGAACAUAGGUAAAAUUUCAAUAAAAAUCAAAGAUCACUUCAAUCUUACCAAUUGAACCAAAAUAUUUAUCCUUUUAAUUCCUACCAUUAAUCAACUCUACUUGAUUUUUGUUAAUAAAAAUGUCAAAUAGUUUAGUUUUACAUAUAAAAAUUACUUGAAUAAUUUUAUAGCAAUGUAAUCGCAUACCUAAGUAUCCUUUUAACAUAAUUUUAAACAUUCUGAUAACAUUACCGUUAACACUACCGCUUCUUUAAAUAAUUUUUA